GACUGCAUGUAGAGGUACCAUCGACGGAACAGGGAACUGGGCUUAUAUGGGCUCCUGUCUGAACCGGCGGCGGACGGUCUCAUUGUUCAAUGUGCGCGGAGGUGACGAUGUGAAACAACAACCAAAGGAAGUUAGGACAACCUUGCUUCUUUUUUCCGCACGCAGAGGCGCGCAUUGCUCGGCUUUAGGUGGAAACGCAUAAUUAAAGAGGCGUCAGGGAUCCUCAGGACGGACCUGCUGUGCAGAGGAGGAUUCGUGCUCGUUUUUUUUUUUUUUUUUUUUUUUUUUGACGCGGCGCCGUUCACCUGGAAUACCUGAGGCUCUCCAAUGACAACGCCGCUGCACCGACCUCCGAACACUGUUGCAUGUUUUCACGCCUCAUAUUCCGGCCCCCAGCGGCCCUGCCCGUAGGUUUAUGUCCCUGGAUCGGUAAGUGCUGAUUUCACGCUUCCUCACUCCGCCCCCCCGUCGGGUGCGACCGAAACUCGGAACAGUUACAUGCAACUGUCUCCUCAAAGACGGUGCAUGGCAUGCAAGCAAGCAAACGAUGCGCGGGACUCACAGGAUUGUCUGAUCAGGAUGACAUUUAGUUAAAAACUCUCGGCGGACCGAGACCCAGAAGCGACGUUCUGUAUCCUGUCCCGUGUGCUCGUGUACCACGCAAAGGGGAGCGCAUCCAGACCCGACCUCUGCCGGCGGCGACCAUAGACUCUUUCUUUGCUGAUCGGGUUCGGGCAGAUGGCUGCUAUCGCCAGCUCCCUGAUCCGGCAGAAACGCCAGGCGAGGGAAUCCAACAGCGACCGCGUCUCCACUUCGAAACGUCGCCCCAGCCCCAGCAAAGACCCCCGCUCUCUCUGCGAGAGGCAUUUCUUGGGGGUCUUCAGCAAAGUCCGUUUUUGUAGCGGCAAGAAAAGACCCGUUCGGCGGCGACCAGAUGCACCCUUGAAACCUCCACAGGUGUCCCAUAAGGGCUGCAGGCUAGAGCCACAGCUGAAAGGCAUCGUGACGCGACUGUUCAGCCAGCAGGGCUUCUACCUGCAGAUGCAGCCGGAUGGGACCAUCGACGGCAGCAAGGACGAGAACAGCGACAACACCCUGUUUAAUCUUAUUCCCGUGGGUCUGAGAGUGGUGGCCAUCCAAGGGGUGAAGAGCGGCUUCUACAUCGCCAUGAAUGGCGAGGGCAUGCUCUACAGCUCGGAGGUGUUCACACCAGAGUGCAGGUUUAAGGAGUCGGUUUUUGAAAACUACUAUGUGAUCUACUCGUCCACUGUGUACCGGCAGCAAGAGUCGGGUAGGGCAUGGUUCCUCGGCCUCACAAAGGAGGGACAAGUCAUGAAAGGCAAUCGAGUCAAGAAAACUAAGCCCUCGUCUCACUUUGUUCCCAGGCCUAUUGAAGUUUGUAUGUACCGGGAGCCGUCGCUGCAUGAGAUAGAGGACAAGCACCGCUCCAGGAAGAGCUCAGGGACUCCCACCAUGAAUGGGGGGAAAGCUGUCAAUCAAGACUCCACAUAGCACCAGUUACAGGGACUUCCAGCUGGGGGUAGGAGGGGGGAGGGUCGGCCUCGUCCUGACUCAGGGAGAAGGGGCCAAGUCGGAAAAAAUAAACCUCACCGCUCCCCCUGAGAGAUCUGGACCUCCAUACUCUUUUUAAACAAAAGAAGGCGUGAGACAGCUGCAAGGAGCUAUUACUGUACAACCAAGACAACAAAAACAAAACUGAACUCUUGCCUGUGAAAAUGUUUUAGAUAUCUAUAUAUAUAUAUAUUUAAAUAUAUAUAUUCUUGACCAACAUUUUAUGCAAAACUGAGAAAAAGGCUGUGAAAACAAAGGAUUUGUGGUCUCUACAUAUAUUCAAAUAUCUGUUAUUUUUUUAUGUUGUGAAAAACAAGCUUUAAUACAUGUUCAGUUUUCAUUCUUUUUUUCCUAAACAUUUGUUGCACUUUUAUUCUUUAUUGUGUUGUUGUUGUUGUUGUUGUUGUUGUUGUUGUAAAAGAUAUCCCAAGCCAUUAGCAUUAUAACCGUCAUGACUAUUUUACCGAGUGGGGUCCCGGUUACUAUGAGGGUAAUAGCGGUUCAGUUCUCUUGACCUUUUUAUUCAUGAGUAUUUUUUUUUCUUACUAGAGCAUCUUGAAUGCAAGGUCAAAGGUCAAGGCUGAAAGUUACAAAUGGUGGGAUGUAUUUAACUCAGGUGUGUACUGCAAGUUAGACCAAUGUGACUCCUGGGGAAUGAACUUCCCGGUUUUCCUGCUGUAGCAGGACGGAACUACAUCAAGCAAUAUCAUAAAGGGCAAUCUAGAAUGUUUUUAAAGGACUGUAACAGCGGACUGACAACACAUUGCUGUGGCUGGUGUACUAGUCUGUACAAAUGACUGACAAAGAAAGUUGCAUAAGUUGGUAAGCGUAAGAAUAGGGAUUUGUCAUCUUGCUACAGUUAUGACAUGGUAAGAAAGACGGGUAGUGUUUGUGCAAAGUCAUGUGCGGACUUUACAACAAAGUAGAUUUCUCCUGCAGCGGACCGGCGAAUCGUCCAUGGUGGACUCCGCCUCUCGCCCGUUGACCGCUGGAGAUAGGCACCAGCACCCCUUGCGACCGUACAAAGAUGAGCGUGUUAGAUAAUGGACAAAUGGACGGAUAGAUUUCUCUCCGUCCAUUUGUUACCCCAGGCCAGUAACAAACCUUAUCAGUUAUCAAGAGAUGCUGUUAGCUAUAACAAAUCACAAAAAUAUCACUCCAUGUACUGCUUUAGAGCUACUGGACAAAUCAAGAAGUUUUCUCUGACUGAAGAUUUUAUCUUGUUUGCUUAGGGUGAAAGAAAAGCAACAUUUUGUUUAGCAGGCUUAGGUGGUGAAUUUCUUAACUUCCAAGAAUUUUAAGUUCCAGAACUCCCUUUACGUUCAUUGUGAAAUCACUAGGGAUCUUUUAAUGCAGACAGAAAGGGUGCCUGACUGUUUAAUAAACCACCAGUCUGUCAUGCAAAUAUUUUAACACAAUUAUUUUUACUGCUUUUCAAUCACCAUGAAAACCGAAGGUUUGACUGAGCAACCGAACACGAAAUGAGCCAUCUGUUGCAUUAGGACGAAGAGUUUAUUUUUCAUACAUCUACACACUUACAGGGCUGUGAAUCUGACUGGUACACCUCAUACUGUGUACGCUACUACGCUCAUUCCUAGCCUCCUUUUUUAGUUGAUCUAUCUCAGGAAGUCUCGCAGUUGUUUCGGUGAUGGAGCCUGACGUAAAAAAAUAAAAUAAAAUGAAAUAAUGGCUGCCUAUGGUUCAGCUCUCAUUGCACAAAGCCGGACGAUUUGGCGUGGAGGUGGAUGAUGAUGCGCAGCUGAACGUAGUCAUGUUAGGAACGCUGGAAGAAGAAAACGGACAAAUACAAAGCAUGACCAUCACAUGACUGUAAACGUUUCUUUAAGUUUGAGGUGAGAUCUAAAAAUAUAUAUCUAUAUAUUUUGACUUUGGGGAGUAUAUGUCUAAAUAAACAUUUUAUAUGCAACACUUGUUUCAGUAUUUUAGUGAGGGUUUAUACAUUCAUAUAUAUAUAUAUAUAUAUAUAUAUAUAUAUAUAUAUAUAUAUAUAUAUAUGCUACUGUACAUGUGGGAGGAAGCUGUUGGUUGCCAUGUUGGUAGUUUGUACAGUUAAUAGCACACAUUCAACUGCACAGAGCAAGUGGCGGCAGUGGGCAUGUCAUCGUCAUGGAUCUGGGAGGGUCUUCCACUUGAAAUCCAGGCCCACAUCUGACACCAACAAGAGCUAAUGGUAGAUUAGUUCAACUUCCACUUCACCUCCUGCAAUACUGCAUUACUGUGAAUCGUACAUUAUGAUUAAUGUGACACUGAAAGUCAAAAGGCAAGACCAGCAUAUAAGUAUCUUUUUACAGACGUUUAUAUUGUGUAUAUGAGAUAUGUGUGUGGAGUUAAAGUAGUGCAUGAAACUGGAUAUGUACAUUGUCAGCCGACAGCAGAAUGGGCCGAUUUGGUGAAAGAAUUGGAGUGAGUAAGGCGGUCAGAAACAGCAAAGCACUUUUUUCUUUUUGUGGGUUUAUUGAUGUGUGAUAGGGGGACAAAGGCAUUGAAAUAGUUUGAAAUAUUGAAAAUAUGAUUUAAUAUUUUUAUGUUUGGAGAUGAUUUCACUGCAUUCAAACAUACUCAUGUAUGCAUUAUGAAUUGUGAGAUUUAAAAAAAAAAUAUGCAUUGAUUCUAAAAUUCAGAAUGGAGUUAGUGAUUGUUUAAGAAUAAAGAUUAUGUUAUCAAAAAAA